AGCGAGUUGGCAACCCUGAGUGGUAGUACUCCAGCUCUCUCUCCACCGGUCACAACUCAUGGGUUUUAUAUCAUACCUGUGCCACCGGUUGUUCCGGCUAACAGUAGACAUUACUGUGUUGCUGAUGAUCUUUGUUCUGCUGCCUGGGAUUCCUCCAUAUGUGUCUUUCUCCUCAUAUGAACCACAAGAGUUCUUGCCUCUGGAAGGACCACUAACCCGGAAUAAUGUGUUGGAUGCAGCAGACAGGAUUAUGGAUGGCAAAAUUGUUGGUCCAGAAUCCAUAGCCUCCCGUAAUCCAGAAGAAAUCUUUGUCAGCUUACAUGGAGGCAAAAUUCUUCGUAUUUGGGGUCCUAGAUUUGACCAUUUCAAGAUUGCUGCUUCAAUUGGACCUGGCUGUGAUGGUCCUUGGCAGGAGAGGAUGUGUGGGCGGCCACUGGGAUUAAGAUUUGCCCCUGAUGGACGCUUAUUGGUGGCUGAUGCCUAUCUUGGCCUCUUUGCUGUAGAUGUUGACACUGGUGAGCAAGAGAAGUUAUUUGAUAACUUGCAGGAGAUUGAUGGCUUGGUACCAAAAAUACCUAAUGAUCUUGACGUAGAUGCAGAGGGUAAUAUAUAUUGGUCAGAUACUUCUACAGUUUGUUCACUAGAUGAGGGUGUGAUUGAAUAUCUUAGUGACCCAUCUGGCAGGAUACUCAAAUUUGAGAAUAAAACAAAAACCAACACAGUGCUGGUAAAAAACGUCCACUUUGCUAAUGGUGUGCAGCUGUCUCCAGAUCAGGACUUUAUUUUGUUCUGUGAAACCUUCAAAUAUCGAGUAAUGAGAUAUUGGUUGAAGGGAACUAAAGCUGGUCAGACGGAGGUGUUUGUAGACAGGCUGCCAGGUAUUCCUGACAACAUCCGCGACAAAGAAGAUGGUGGAUACUAUGUGUCACUUGUUAUUGUUCCCACUGACUCCUCUAAAAAGAUUUCUGCUAUUUUGGCAAGAUUACCUCUUGUUCGUAAGUUUGCAUUGAGACUGAUGGCUGUCACACAAUCACUCUUUCAAUUCUUCAGCAAGAUAUAUCCAGAGUUUGAACAAAUUUCCAGUAAGGUGUUCCACUUAGAGCCACUGACUGGACCUGAACUAGUAGCAAAUUUUUCCAUAGUGGUUGAGCUUGACGCAGAUGGAAACAUUAUAAAUUCACUCCAAGGAAAUUCACACAAACUAGGACUUAUAUCACAGACAACGAAGGUUGGUGACUAUCUCUUUUUUGGUUCUCCUUAUAAAAAAUAUCUUGGGCGUUUGUUUGUAGGACCUCCUCCUGUUAUUGAAGUUGAUGGGAAAGGUGUAAAAAUUAAGACAGAAAAUGACACCGACAAAAAUGAAGCAGAAGGUCUUGAGCCAGGUGUGCUUAAAAAUGAAGAAGAUGAGCCUCAAGUAGUUGAAAAUUUUAAUAAGAAAACUGUAGAGGAAGCACAAGAAGGUCAAGUUGAAGAGUUUGUAGGAGUAAAAGUUGAGGAGAAUAUACCAGAAGAAGAUGAAAAACUUGUGAAAGAAAAGGUAACUGUAGAACACACUGAAGCAUUGGAAACGGAGUCUCACAAAGAAACUAAAGAUGAGAAAGAACAGGAACCAUUGCAGCAAAAUACAGAAUGGAGUGAUGUACCUGAGGAAGACAUAGAGGUAAAAACCAAGGAAAACCAGAAAGAUGAUAGAGAUUUAAAAAAAGAAGUUGGGAAAGAGGAACUUUAAAAUUAAUCAUAAUAGUACUGUACAGGUAGUCCCCACUAAAUGCACUUCCACUAUACAGGAUAUGUAUUUAUAUAUAUAAGAAAUUCAUAAAUUAGUGACCACUUUUCACUCAGUGCUGUGCCUUUUCACUUUUCCUAUUGUGAAAAUUUAAAGUCAUACCCAAGUUGCUUUAGACCACACCAUACCACUACAACCAUAGGAAAAUUAAUGUCCCCCCCCCCCUCCCAGGUGAGGGAAUCUUGACAAUCAAAGUUUGAGUGACAAGGACCAAUAGAAUGGCCACUGAGGUCUCUGGGUCUCACACCUAUUGAUUUCUUCCUCUGGUCACUUAAAAUCUGCCAUCUACAAAGAUCAUCCAAGAACAGUUUAGGUGACUGCAGAGAAAGAAGUUGAGGGGGAGUGAGGUUGAGAGAUCUCAAUGGCAUUCCAUUGGUCUUCAUUGAUUUGAUGAUUCCUUAACCUCAAUGGUAAAAAAACAAAACAAUAAUUUUCCUUUAUGAGACAAGAAGUUUCCAAGAGUAGUUAACAUAGAGAAAGAUAUUUAAGAGUCUCCUAUUGUAUAUACGUACAGCAUACGUAUAAAUUAAGGGAAAUUCCUUUUUUACUUCAUACAGUACAGUAUGUCAAACCAACAAUCAGUUCAGACAUAACAGUUGAAAACUGGGUACAGUACUUCAUUUUAUACUGAAAGGUAACCAAAAUUCUUUUCAAAAUCUGUAAGCAAAUGUGAUUGGUCAUUCAUAAAAUAUGCCCCUAAAUAGUAUUAGUAGGAAGUUGCACUUUGAUCUACAAAUUUUUAAUUUACAAAAAGAUUUUCAGGAACAGAACCCUUUUGUAAAUUGGGUUUUAACUGUAUCAAUUUACUAUUGUACAAUACUGCCUGUGUGUAAUUAUGACUUCAUUUUAUUAUAUAUACAGUCAGUCCUUGACUUACAACGGGGUAAGGGACCGACGACCAGGUCGUAAGUCGAAUUGGUCGUAAGUCGAAAAUGCUUAAAUAAUACAAAAAAAUAAACUUAUUUUUUGUAAAAAAACUAAAAAAAAAUUAUUGAAAUGGCUUUAUCCUCAUUUUGCACAUCUGUUGGUUAACUUGUUUUUGUUUAAAAAUUGGAAACAGUCUGUCUUUUCAUUUUGAUUACAAAUUAUUAGGGUACAGUAUUUUCUUAAAGAAUAAUUCAUGUAUUUACUAUUUUAGAUGCUAGAAAUGGCAAACAACAAAAUUAAUACCCCUGUGCUGCCUGUCUCGGUACAAAUUCACAUCAACAACACGAUCACUUUGACCCGAGUUCAACACUAGUGAUACGCACUGAUGCACGCAGUCUAGAAGACUGCUCUGUCCAAGACAGAUCUAAUAAGUCACUAGAUUUCAAUCGUUAACAUAUGUAAGUUCAUUUAAUGGUAUUUUGUUGAUAGAAAGCAUUCAAGAUAUAGCAUUAGUACAAUAAAUAGGGUAUAAACAAUGUUGAUUAAUGUAAAAAAAAAUGCUAAAAUAGGUAGUGAUCA